UAGUCCAUCUGCCAACUUGGAAAGAGUCCAAGGUAUUGCAUUUAUUAUAGUAGAGACUCAAGAUUUCUGCGAUAAUUCUACAGAAACAAAGUUAAUGGAGCGCAUUGAACAGUUUGUCCACAUUCAUCGAAACAGUUUCCUGCUUUUGUCUGCGGGCCUGUAUGGUCAGAAAGAAUGGGAUGUACUAUUUAAAAUUCAGCUAAGAUUUCUAGGUAAUAAUCUGAAAAUCAUACCUUCACACAAUGCUGGUGACAUGGUCAGGAGCAUGCUCACAAUAGCCAAGGUUACAAGUAAACCACAUGCAGACAGUGUUCGUGAUCGCAUUGCCAUGACCCGAGCUCAGAUUAUAGAACGUAGCCCUGUCUGGGAGAUGCUUCGCCAGUGGCAGCUAAAUGUGGUAUAAAGUAUUAUUAAUGUACAAUGCUUUAGGCUUUGUAAAAUAGUUACAAUUUCCUCCAGUGAAAUAUUUUGCACUCAUUUCAUAAGUAUGUUUAUGACCAACAUAAUUAGUUACAAUAAUUGCAAAUAAACAUUGCAGUC